AUGAUUGUUUCCUUCACCAUUAUUAUAUUACUAUUUUUAUUGGUAUGUGUCAAAUGUACAAAUACAAAUUAUUCCAAACUGAAUCAACCGGGACCAUCUUUAACAAUAUCAGAAAGAGAUUUAUCAAAUGCAUUAAAAUGCUCUUGGCCAUCAUCCAAUUCACAUUAUUCAAAAAAUCGUCCAGUUUUAUUAGUUUCCGGCAUGUCUGAAAACCCUUAUGAUUUAUUCGGUUGGAAUUGGAUGACAUUUUUCGAUGAACAACAAUGGCCCUAUUGUACAAUUCGAUUCCCAAAUGAGGGCCUAAUCGAUUUACAACUAUGUACAGAAUAUGUUGUUUAUUCAAUACGAAAAAUGUAUAAAUAUAAUCAAAAAAAUCUUAUUAAUAUUAUUGCACAUUCUUCAGGAGGUAUUUUAGUACGAUUUGGUUUACGAUUUUGGCCCGAUAUAAGACAAAUGAUUGAUGAUUUAAUCUCACAUGGUCCAAGUAAUCAUGGGACAUAUAUAGCGAACAUUGCUUGUUUCUUACCAAUUGGCUGCGCACCAGCUGUUCACCAACAACGUGUGGGUUCUAAUUUUUUAGAUGCAUUAAACUCUCAUCAAGAAACAUUUGAUUCUAUCUCAUAUACAACAAUAAUGACAAAAACAGAUGAAAUAAUUCGACCUGUAUCAAGUAGUGAACUUCAUAAUAACUAUCAAAAUGACAAUAAAAGUAUUAUUAAUAUCUAUCUUCAAAAUAUUUGUCCAUAUAAUUUGUAUAGUGAACAUUUAGCUAUAGGUACAUAUGAUUAUUGUGCAUAUCAGUUGACAUUAGAUGCAUUACAACAUCAAGGACCAACAAAUUUAGAACGUAUUCAAAAUUGCUGUGAACAAACAUUGAUGCCUGUUGUAACAAGUACAUGGAAAUUUUUAAUAAAUCUUUUAUAUUUAAUGAAAAAUAAUGCUGUAACAUUAUUUGUAUAUAAACCACGAAUUAAUUAUGAACCACAAUUGAAAUGUUCAUUUACAAAUACGUGUUCAUAG